CGGAGUGGAGGCCAACAAACUGAGAGCGAGGCCCAGUGACGGCCAUUGCGCGAGAGCGAGAGACCAUCGCUGCCACCGCGAGAUCAAGGCCGAGACGGACUGAGCGACGGCAUUAUUAACUGGAUAUGGACAACGGAGAGAAUCCUUCGCCAGUGUCACAAACCAAAGAAGAAAAAGAGAGGCCGAUGGGACCCCCAGAGAGUGGCACGUUGGACAGACGAUUGUGCCGUUUUUACUCCCAAGGGAGGUACUGCCAGUUUGGGAAGAAAUGCCGCUUUCUGCACCAGAGGGCUGAUCCCAAGCAUACUCCGAAAGGAAUGGAAAGCAUGGCAGAGAGGGGGUUAGGAAAACCAGAAGGCAAUGCUACACACCAUGAUGGCUCUGCAAACUCUGGAGAAACAGGCUUGCCAUCCAACCCCAGAGUGCUGGUGGGGAGAAAAGGCCAAAUCAGGCAUCCGUGCCGCUACUUCCUUUCUGGCUACUGUGCCAUGGAAGAGAGGUGUCACUUCUGGCAUCCAAGCGACUUGCCUCCUAUACCCAAUUUGAGCCCCAAGGAGAGAAGUGACCUCAGGCCAAGAGCACCUGUAGAUCACCCAUCCAAUGUUCAGAAUGUGAAACUGAGUGAGCUCACAGCAGAUGUCGCCAAGCAUCUCCGAGACACUGAAAUCAACCAGCUAAUAAAGCGCAUUCCCAAAGACCAGCUGUUUGUUCAAGAGCGAGAAGAUGGCCAGCUCACCUUCUACCGAGUUGUUGUUCAGCCCACAGACCCUGAAUGGCCCUUUGACUUGAAAGAAAUUCACAUCAUGGUUAGCUUUCCAGAGAGGUAUCCCCAGGAGGUUUUUACGCUGGUUAUUCCAGAAGACCAGGACUUGCCCUCUAUUAUGGCAAAACAUGUGGCGCAUGCCUCUCAGGAGUGGUUGCAAGCCAGGCAUGCUACCAAUGAGUUAAUGGGGAAGGUGGAGCUACUUUUCCGGCCUUUCUUGCGAUGGCUAGACCGCAACUUGGAGCGGCUUUUCACUGACGGCGCUCGACAGUUGAAAAGAGACAUAGAUGCUGAACGAUCUGGCAUCCAGUUUGUCUCCUACCAGCAGCUUCAAGCUGCAGUCUGCAAGGAUCCAUGCCCAGCGACUGCUGUGGACUUCAGUGGUACUGGCUGCUCUGAUAGAGAGGAGGAAGAGGAAGAGGAUGAUGAAUCAGAAGAGGAAGGUGAUAAUGACAUGGUAGGGGUAAAAGAGGAGGUCCUGCCCUCUGAGGGGGAAAAGGGUUCCCUCCAGGUGGAGAAUAUCAGGAGUGCGGAGCCUCGGAAAGGCACGGAAGUAAAGCUGCUUGGCCUACGGCUUGGGGAGGAGACAGCCACUGUUACUGCCAAGCAGCUGACUCUGUCGCUGCAGUGUAACAGGUGCAAAGUGACAGCAGAUCUGCAAGUGAGUGAAGGGCUGCCCUGCUCUGCCCAGUGUGAGAAGUGCAGCACCGGGAUCAGCGUGACAUUCCGACCCAGUGUACUGCACCGCUUCUGUGACAUCCUAGGUUACCUUGACGUCAACAACGCUGUACCUUCGGACCUAGUGUUGCAGGAGUGCGAGCUGGUGGUGGGCUGUCUCAGCUGCUCUCAGGAAGGACCACUGCAGAAGUUGUCAUAUGGCCAGAACAAAGAGUUGAACUGCCAGCACUGUCAUUCCAAGCUAGGCAUCUUUGUUGAGAGCACUCGAUUUCAGCUCAUCCAGCCGCGCCUCAGAAAUAACACUGGGCAGGGAGAACAGAAGUACACGUAUGGCCGGUAUCUCAGAGACCCAGCGAUACAAAAGGGGAAGCCUCUACCUGGAAAAGGCACCUGCAAGCACUUCAGACAGAGCCACCGCUGGCUGAGGUUCCCAUGCUGCGGACGUGCCUACCCCUGCGACUUGUGCCACGAUGAGGAUCAGGACCACCCAAUGGAGAUGGCCAGCCGAAUGCUUUGUGGUUACUGUGCCAAAGAACAGCCGUACAGCAACGGUAAACCUUGUAUCUGCUGUGGAAGUAUGAUGACAAGAUCAGCGCAAACAAAUCACUGGGAAGGAGGCCAGGGCUGCAGGAACAAAGUGAAAAUGAGCAGAAAUGACCACCAUAAGUAUUCCAGCACAAAUAAAACAGUGUCACGGAAGGCGAAGAGUGAGAAGAAAUGAAAGGAAUGGUGACUGAUUAUUCAUUACUUGUGAUUUUUGAAGUAAAAUCGGCUCACACCAGCUGUAACAAAUGUUGUUUCAAUCUCCAGGGGGCUGCUGGAGGCUGAAUUUCAUUACUUAAAGUCUGCUUUUACAAGAGCAACUUUUCAAAGAGCAAGUGACCUUUAAAAUUGGUCGUAUUUGUAGCUUUGUUUGGUAGUAAUGGACAGACAGUGCAUUGAGAAAUUUUUUAUUCAAUUCAAGCAGUUGCAAGAAGUGGUGAGAUACCAAUUCAUACAAUAAUACUAAUCAUAAACUGAAAAUAAUUCUGAAUUGAUUGUGGAAAUUGCUGCAAGAGACAUAAAAAAUUUAAAUCCAUAUAAAUUACAUCUUGAGAAACAAUAUGAUGUAGACUUGGCUUUUAAAAAAAAAUCACAAAUCACCAAGUGUUAUCAAGCUGCUUUGUAACAUUUCAUUUAAUAGAGAGAUUUGUGAUUCUCUAAUGAUUCUCUGCUGUCCUUUUGAGUAUGAGAACUGUUUGUAAAAUAUGUGUUUCUCAGCUCAAGCAUCCUGAUUUGCAUGUACAACUACACUCUAUGUGGGUUUUGCAUAUGUUUUUCUAUCUCCCUACACGUUUUCCUCAAGUAACUAAGCUGAUUACCAUCAUUCUAUUACCCCCAUGGAUAUGUGUGUGUGUGCAUUGUGUUGGACUCAUGUCCCAUGUAGCUAUGAUCGUACUUUAUAUUCUUAGUCUACAGGAUUAGAGCUUUUGUGUGUCACAGCCUUCCAGCAUUAAGUUGUUUAUAAAUGGACAAUAAGUUAAUUGAGUCAUUAAUAACAUUAACUUGGCCUUUGCAAACAAACAAAAUAAUCAGUAAAUGAGUAACAUGCAGGUAAAUUUUAGCAAAUGCAUGGAUCUCUUGCUUGUUCUCUGGAGUAGACUGCAAUCAGAACCGCAUUGUAAAAAGUUGCUAAUGGGACCAACCAUCCAAUGAGACCAUGGGACUGUCAGUUCGCAGGGGAAAACUGAGUAAGACCUUUAAUGACAAUUUUGUCACCCUGUUUUAUUGGCAUUCGAUGUUUCCUUUGUGAUUUAUUUAAAUAAAAUGAAAACCUUGUAACCCAAUAGCGAGUUAAUAGCAUACAUAGAGAACAUCUUGCAUUUCAAAGGUUCAGUUCAUCAGUUGUAAUGUCUUCCAGAAUAACUGAAAAAACAAAGCUUGUGAUUUUGAAAUGACAGAAAAUAGAAAAUAUGUUUAACUAACAUAAGUGCUUAGUAGUUGAACAAAAUUGAGGAAUGAAGUGUUUCAUUUUGGCACAUUUCAGCCCUGUAGUUUUCCCUGUGGAAAGCUAAUGUCUUUCUCUAGCACUUCCUGAAAUGAGCAGUUGAGCACUGAGAAGUUGAAUGUGGCUCUGCGUUUUUUGCUUUCUCUCAGAGGAUUCCCCUUUUAAAAUGAGCUGAAUUGAUUGGUUUUUUUUUGCUUGCUUUGUCAGUGUAUGGUGACUUAAGGUUAUGGCAGCACUCAAUUGCUUUUCAGAAUACAGAGUAGCAAUUACACCAACCUUCACAUAAUGGGGUUAAUUCAUUUUGCAAAAUAAUCCCAUCAGGUGAAUUCCCAUUGUGAGGAUAUUGAAUUACAUUUAUUUCCUAUGAACCAAGUACACUUUUCCCUCACAUAACAGGGUCUUAUAUAACAAAAAGAGCUACAACUGCUUGUAAAAAUAUGUACCCUUUUUGUGUAAGAGGCUUAUUAUUCAGUACAACAGCAUUUUUACCCGGGUACAGUCAUUUUACUUCCACAAUGGUUAUUUUAUUCACUGCCUACAUUUUCACUCUGCAAAACACACAGAUAUGUUUCUUACAUAACAAUACCAUACACUGUAAAUGCUUUGUACUUCCUAUUGACUGAUCACACGCCACAAAAAAAGUGGGUCUGUUAUCACAAAUGGAAUAGCAGAUUUAAUACAAUUGUUUUUCAUUCAUUUGUCACAAUUUUCUCCAAAGGGAGUUACAAUAUUA